AUGGCUACUCUGUCCCAGGAGAGAAGGGAUACUUGGCGGAGAUACUCAGAGGAGCUCUGCCACAACCUCAUCCCUCAGGCACCAGAGUUGGUCCUUGAGAGACCUAGCAAAGAUUAUCGGGAAAUUAAUAGCUUUAACACCAGCAUACAAUUCCCCCUUACUUUGCAGAAGAAGUCAGCUGUUUUUGGGGAAUUGACUAAGAGAGGGCGGCCAUUGGGAAUCAAAAUUUGUUCUCCCCAAGAAGGUCAGAGAAGAGUUGAAGUCCAUUCUGGAGUUAGAAAUUCCACUUCGUGUUAGAACUGGAAUUUCUGUUAGAGCAGCCUGCGGCAGUCACUCUGACGUCAGAUGCCUCAAGUCACGGUUGGGGUGCGUUUACAGCCCAGAACGCCAUAAGAGGAAUUUGGUCAGACCAAGAGAGUCACCUCCAUAUAAACAUCUUGGAGUUAAGAGCUAUAAAAUUAGCUCUCCAGCGUCUAGUUCCUCUAAACGUCACCAACGUCGGUAAAAGUCCAAUCGGACAACAGGACAGCAGUGGCUUAGAUAAACCACAGAGGGGGCACAAGAUCAGUGGGUCUUUGUUUUGAGGCUCUAGAUCUUUGGUCUUUGGCUUUAGCAAGCAAUGUUCAGGUUUUCACAGAAUACGUUCCGGGAGAGGCGAACGAGCUUGCAGACUCUCUCUCUCACCAAAGUUUUUCCCUGGCAACGAUUCAAUUAAAGAUUGCUCUAUUCCAAUGUAUAGAAAGCAAUUUUGGCCAGAGACAGGUAGAUCUGUUUGCAUCCCAAACAUCUGCACAAACACCCAGGUUCGUCUCCCGGACCUGGACAAAGGGAGCUUGGAAAAAGGAUACAAUGUCUUUCCAAUGGACAGAUGUUCCAGCCCCUUAUGCUUUCCCCCCUCCAUCUUUACUGAUGAAAGUGCUGGAGAAGAUCCGCAGGGACAGGGUACAGAGCUUAGUUCUCGUUUAUCCAGUAUGGACCUCCAGACCCUGGUAUCCCCUGAUCCAUCCGUUAGUCAAGGGAACCAAAAUCCCACUGGGCAUGACAGUGGACUGCUUUCAGGGAAACAGCGAUCUUCUGCUCAAGCUCCCGCAGUUGAUGUGGAUCGCAGCCCCUUUUAUCGGAUCAGUUCUUGGAUAUUAUUAACUCAUCUUUAA